AUGUUAUUAUUUAUAUUAUUUCCAAUAGUAUUAUCCCAAACUCAAGUGUGCCAAACUUCAGAUUUCAACUCCGGAUACAAGAAGGUACAAUCAGCAAUUUUAUUUAGGGUGACCAUAUCGUCCUUUGUUUAUUCUUCCAAACCGCUGAUAAUUAACAAUACAGAUAAGUGUAUUAAUUAAAAGUUGACUAAUAUACUGCACUCCUGGUUUCUGGAGCCUAUCAGACUCUCUCCAGUAAGCAGAGCAAUUUAUGGGCUAAUUCUGGCAGCAUUUCCACUGUUUAUGGAACCCCCUACACAUAGUCUGGAGGUGCAUUUCCAAUUUAAUCCAUUGUUGUUCAAAUGAUCCAAGGCAGUGUCAUUGAUGUUUUUUGGGAUAACGUCUGUUUUGAUGGUAGUUAAUGCAAGGAAAAUUCAAUCACAACAACUACAGGAUAAAGUGUCUCAGAAAACAAUGAUUUUGUCACUUCUUGUAGUGGAGGGGCUUGUGAUCCCAAGGUAUAUGUGAGUUUCUUAGGAACUGAUGCUAAUGGGUAAUAUUUCACUAGCAAUGGUAUUUAUAUUGAUUAUAUAACAAAUAGGAAUUCGUAUGUCAAAGUUCAGAUAAUAUUCAGCUGCAUAAAUCUUCACAAACACUUAAAAUGCAUUUAAUAGUGUCAUAGAUGAGUAUUCAAAUUAUACGAUAUCAACAAAAUGA